AUGGAGGUCUUACACAUCAACUCCUCUGUUCUCAUUGUCUUUUACAGACCCCUCAACAUCACCACUGGUGAGCAGACACUAUACGAACAGUGCAAAGACAUGCCUGCCGUUCUCAUUUGGUACCUGUGCCUGCAGUUCUUUAACAUGUUCGUUGGUAUCCCGGCCAACCUCAUGGUGCUGUGGCUCAUCCACAAGAACAAGGGAGACUCCUCCACCUCAGAUAUCUUCAUCCUUCAUCUGGCUGUGUUAGAUGUAUUCUUUUGUGCCGUCCCUCCUCUGGAGCUGACUAACCUUGUCUUCAUCACCACCAAAAGCACCCAGUGCAUCCAGCGCUUCUUCGAUGGAGUGAUAGAAUCCUCACUACUAUUCCACUCUUGCAUCUGCCUGGACCGGUAUGUGGCUGUCGUCCACCCCAUCACCUUCACCAAGCUCAAGGACCGCAAUCACCGAGCAGUCCUGGUCACGGUGAUCUGGCUGCUCACCCUGGCCUAUGCUGCUGCUAAAUGUGUGGGCAACAUCACUCACUUUUACAUUGUCUUCGCAGCAAUGAUUCUCACAGCAUUCCCCUUCAUGGUCUUCUGCAACAUUUCCAUUCUCAGGGUGCUGCGAAAGUCUGGGCCCGGAAGAGACGAGAUGCACCCAGUGAAGAAGAGAGCCUUCAAGAUUGUGCUCCUCAUCCUGGCUAUCAUAAUGUUCAACUACUUACCACUUGUUGUACUAUUCCCCUUUAGGAAAUACUUCUCUCCUGAUGUGUUUCGUUGCUAUAUUCACUAUAUCGCGUUUGGCUUGAUGGACCUCAGCAGCAGCAUUCAGCCUUUGCUCUAUUUGUCCAAGGAAAAGCUGCCAUGGUGCCUCAACUGUUGUUAG